GUGCACCGUAUAUUGCAACGCCUCUUAGCCAGCACCUUCACUCCUUCUCACUCUAUACCUACCAGUAAGCGACACUUCCACGACGAUUGUUCACAAUCUCCAUGCCUCCGCCAGAAGUGGUCAACGUCGUCCUUGCUGACCGCGCGACGGUGCUGUCGACCUUCGUUACGCAGAAGUCGUCCGUAGGAGAACUCCUUUCGUCGCUUCUUGAGGAGAAUGAGAGUGCAUUGAGAGAGGCGGCGGAGGUGGACAGAAUAAGUCCAAAAGAUUGGGCAGUUAUCAGGGUUACGGAGAGUGAGGAGGGUAGAGUGUGGAAAGAGCAAGUACUUGCAUCACUUCAUGAACAAGUCGUCCUCGACCCUUUCACCAUGGUAUCUUCCCUUGUCCAUCCUACAAUCAACUCAGAUUCGCAAGAUUCAUCGCGUGAUGCGAGCACAGACGCCCUUGCGACACAUCUUCAUAAACCAAAUUUCGCCCUAGUUCACACUCCAUCACUCCUGAGCCUCCGCCUGGCCAACUUGCCUUCAAUACCUCCAAAUGUUGAAGUGAAGGUGUAUGUUAUGCCGAAGAUGUCGGUUAACGAGGUGAUCGAUGGCGUCAAGGACCUGCUAGGUCUACGGACGAGUAUCGCCGAGGAGGGCAAAAGCACGCGGAGCAAGAUCACUUACGCCCUAUACAGAGUCGCAUCCGCUUCAAGCCGCGAGGAAUCUCACUUGCUCGCGGAAGCCGCACCCAUCCGCGCAUUUCUCCAAUGCGAGGAUAUCGUCGAACUCCGCGUCCCCGACUCCUUCUUCAACAAAAUGGGCACCCUUACAUCCUCCUUUACCAAAUACUGGUACGGUAUAUCCUCAACUACCUCCACGGCGUCUGCCGCACCUUCACGUCAAGGUACUGCAACCUCAUCCUUUUUCAACUACUUCUCAUCUUCCCAAUCCGAAGCGGGGGAUACCAUCCGCGCACGAGGGAUCUCUGCUCCUCUUGCUAUCGCGCCGGAGAAGAGUGGAGAGGGUACGGUUGCUAGUCGGAAGGUGGUGCACGUGAUGCAGAGGGGGAAUAAAGGCAAGGAGAAGGCAAGGUUGAGUCGGUUGUUUGAUUUUGGUGGUGGGGUUGAGGAUGGGCAAAACGUCCGUACAGAGGAAGAGGAUCCAGGGAAGGUUUGGAGUCCAGAAUCGGAGGAUCUACCCAUGCUCCCACCUGCCAUCUCGCCCGUUGAUGAGGCGGAGGCCGUGAUAUCUGAGGCUGAACGGAGAGAACUUGAGGCUGCUUUUGUGGGUUUGAUGCAAGAGUUGAAUUUCCGCUCUCCGGUCUUGGAGAACAUGAUGGCGUUGCCUCUCAGUCGGAAGAAGGUCUUGUUGGAGCAGCAUCAGUUGUCACAGCAAGUGAGUCCGACGACCGUUUCUUCAGCGGGUGAGACAAGGUUUUCAUUCGGUGGUGGGAGGACUAUGGUAAACACUGUGCAAAGCGAGGAUCUCCGCGAUGGCGGGUUGUCCGCAGCUUCGAGCGCACAACCCGCCAUCGCGGAGAUCCUCGACAACGCCGACGCAGACUCAGCACCCCAAACGCCGGUGUCAACUAUCUCCUCAUCCAGGUGGGGCAAUUCAGGUGGUCUGUUCGCCGGAUGGUGGUCCGGAACAGCAGCUGGUCCGAGUGACGACAGCCCUGAGUGGUUCGUGGGAAGGAUGGAACAGCGCAAUGCUUCGGCUGCGUCAUUGUCUAAGGACAUGAUAUCUCUCAGGGUCCUGUUGUCGACUGCAAGUUUACCGUGGUUGAGAGAGUUCUUGGAGGUACAUCCUGGGUUGAAAGCAUUGGAGGGUGUGCUUGAACGGAGUACAGCGAAGCGGAAGAGUACUACGGCUACCCCUGAAGUGGAGGAUCUCGAGGUGGUGCAGUUAGAGGUGGUGAAGUGUUUGCGUGUUAUCAUGAAUGUUGAGAAUGGGUUUAAGCAGGUGAUUGAGAAACCGACGCUCAUCACUGCUCUGACGGAGUGCUUUGUAACACCGAAUCCGAAGUUACAUGCGCUCGUUGGUGAUGUUCUUGCCGCUAUUUGUGUCAUGUCGUACCCGGCGGGUCAUGAGCUGGUGCUCGAUGCUCUUUUCUAUAUGAGCUUCAUGACCUCGGCUGUGUCGACUAUCAAGACCAACGUGACUACGGUUAAGAGCAUCGAUCGUCGGCCGCGGUUCGAGGGGUUCAUAACCUCUUUCACACCCGAAGCCAUCGAGAAUGAAGAUUAUGUUGACGUUCAUGUGUGGGAAUGGCGGCGUGCUGCUUGUACAUUGGUGAAUGCCUUGGUUACCACAAUCGAAACUGUCGAGGAGCGUGUGUUGCUACGUGCUGAGCUCGACCGCCGUGGUCUUCGGAGGACUUUCGGUGCAUUGCAGACUUUGGGUGCUCCUGAGGCGAUUCUAACUCAGAUUUCCUCUUUCUAUGCGGAAGAAGCAGAGGAUCAAGAGGAAAUUCGGAAGGUGAUCAUGUUUGAGCAGAUGGAGGCAGAUGGUUUAAGCGGUGACCUUUUGGGUCUUCUCAGGGUUGCGAAGGAGCGUGGGAUGCUACCUGAACUUGUUCGAGCUUUGGAAGGAAUCGUGUCCGCUGCGGUGGGUAAUGGCGAGAAUCAUGAGUUGAGGAGGAAAUGGGAUCUGCUGGAGAACUUCAUAGAGUGCUCGAAAGAGCUGAAGAGUGUUGACGAGGAGCAAUGGUCCGCUUUCAUGGUGGAGUAUCUGAAGUCGGUCCAGCACAUUGUCGGAAAGCAUGCGCUCAUCAAAGAACGUCGCGUUGCUCAUGCUGCUGAGGUACCGAGCAAUGUCUUCGAGGAGUUACUUGAGCUUGAGAAGAAGGUCGAGCAAACAUUGGCCGAAAAGGCAGAAGCUGAGAAGAACCUUGCUGAGAAGACUGCGGAGAUCAACGUCCUCAAGUCAAUCUCGCCCAAGACUGAUGCACAGCCUCGUGAGAACUUCUCCGGAGUCAUCCAGCGACUCGUACAGAAGGAGAAACAGGUCCUUGACCUUCAGAGCGAGAUCGACAAGUUAUCUUCGAAAGUCAUCGAUCGAGCGUCAAUGGAGGAGAAGAACAAGAAGGAGCGGUCUGAGCGAAGCAAACAAUGGUCGUCAAUGGCGGACGAAAUUGCUAAGCUGAAGAAUCAGGUGGCUGAGGUUACGAAUUUGGCUGAAGCUCGUGCAAAGGAAAUCACAUACCUGAAGCGAGCCUUGGAAUCCGUGUAUGCGCGUUAUCAGAAGGCCCUUGAUGAGAAGAUUGAUCACGAUGAUCAAUCACUGAGCGACGCUUUCUCUCCGGAGCCAACGAAAGGAACCUUCGAAGCUUUGGCACAGAAGGACCAGGAGAUUGCCCGUUUAACCGCUGUGCUGGAUGAGCUGCGGCAAGAUGUUAAGCGGAAUAUGAUUCCCAUGGAAGAGCUCAACACUCUCAGGCAGGCGUACAAUAGUGCACCUGAUAUCGAACAACAGAAGCCUAAGACUAUCAGAGGAGUUCCGCGACACCUUCGAGAAGGUACGCUGAGACGGCGGUACCCAAGUACUGUCAACUUUGCUCCUGAAGAGGAUGAAGCGUACGAGUCGCUUCUUUCUCCUACUGACGAAGCAGAAUCUCUGAUCCCUGGAGGAACGGUAUCUGGUGUGAUGCAGCGCCUUGCAGAGCCUCCUCAAAUCCAGAUCACAUCUGACGAGGAACUACAUGUGCAGUAUAAAGCUGUCCAGACCGACGUAGAUUCGUUAGACGCAAGGCACACGGACGUUCUGCCUCCUGUCUCUGCGCUUCUGGCCGAAAUUCGAGCUGCUCCACCUGCUCCACCGUUGCCUCCUUCACGGGGGUCUCUCUUCCCUGGCAGCCUUGCAGCACACCCGCCACCACCUCCUCCACUUCCAUCGCUUCCUCAGAGCGCCUCAGGAAAUGGGUUCAGUUCAAGCUUGCCACCACCACCUCCGCCCCCUGCUCCUCCUCCUCCUCCUCCUCCAAUGGUGAACGGUGCACCUGCUGCACCGCCGCCUCCUCCACCACCGCCCAUGCCGAACCUUCAUCGAUCAGCAUCGUUACCGACGCAUCUUCCUCAGAUUGCUGCUGGUUUCCCUCCGCCUCCACCUCCACUGCCUCCAGUGGCAGGCAGACGUCCUCCACCACCGCCUCCUCCUCCAGCUAAUAUCCAGAACAAUCUUCUGGGUAGACCAGCAAAGCCUCUCAAGCCCCUCUUCUGGAACAAAAUUGCCCCGCAAGAGAUUAGCGCGACUAUAUGGAAGGACAUAAAGCCGGACGGCGACUUGAAAGUCGAUCAAGUGAAGCAAGAGCUGGAUACUUUUUUUGGCAAGGAUGCGCCAGCACAUGCGCAGAAGGGUUCGGAAGUGUCGACGAAAUCUGCCUUCGCCAAGAAGACUCGGGUCACUCUUAUCGACCUCAACAGAGCGAAUACGUUGGCCAUCAUGCUUGCCAGGAUGAGGCUGCCGUAUCCGGUCAUUCGGGAGUCAUUGCUGCGGAUCGAUGAUACCAAAUUGAGCGUGGAAAAUCUGAAGGUAAUCAAGCAAUAUGCGCCAACGAUUGAGGAAAUGGAACUUGUCCGGGAUUACACGGGUGACGAAACAACCUUGGGUAACGCCGAACGCUACUUCAAGCAAGUCAUGACCAUCCCACGCCUGAAGGAACGCGUAAGUUGCAUGAUUUACCGACGCCGUUUCGCGACGGAGAUUGAAGAGUUACAACCGGAGCUUAUGACUUUGCACGAAGCAUGUCGUGAAGUCCGGAACGCAGCCAAGUUGAAGCAGGUUCUCUUCUCCGUUCUCGCUAUUGGGAAUUAUCUCAACGCAGCUUCCUUCCGUGGGAAUGCGUACGGCUUCCAGUUGGAGGCGUUACUUAAGCUGAAGGAUGUGAAAGCGAACGGGCCGAGUGCAAAGGCGACGCCGACGUUGUUGCAUUACCUCGCUCAUCUACUUGUUAAGCAGAAUCCGGACGCAUUGCACGUGCUGAAGGAGAUGCCCCAUCUUGAAGCUGCAGCUAGGAUCUCGUCGCAAACGAUCUUGUCGACCGUGAAGGGCCUGGGGACUGGACUUGUUGGCAUACAUGAAGAGUUCAAGGCAUUGAGGCGGAUGUGUGCAGCGCCUGAGGGUGAUGGAUUCGACAAGGUUAUGACCAAGUUCGUUGUUGAAGCUGAUUACACCAUGGAACAAGUCAACAAAGCAGCGGAUGAGGUUGAGAAGGAAAUGAAGGAGGUAAUGGGUUAUUACGGAGAAAACCCAGCGACUGUGAAAGUCGAGGAAUUUUUCGGAAUGGUAAUCGCUUUUGCACAGGCUCUAGAGAAAGCGAACCAAGAGAACUCCAUCAUGGAGGUGAAACUUCUGCGCGAGAAUGGCGCGAAGGAGGGUGCGAAGAACAAUCUUGGCGUUCCUUCACGAGAUAAUCGUCUGCGUAUACCAGGCAGGAGUGGAGAUUUUGAUAAUACACUUAGGGAACUACGGGGUGGCAGAAGGGUUAGACGAGAAGGAAGUCGGCCUAUUAGUCGGGUGUUCCUUGAUGGGUCGACUGCAUGAGAAAUGCAUGGAUAUAACGGGGACAAUGGAAAACUCGCCAGAGUUCAAGAUAGUGCAGUAAUGUCUUUCCGGAAACACAAACGCCAUA